GACAGCAUUAUGGAGGCCUGACUCGGUUUGAAAUCGCACAAUGAUCGACCUCACAGGUGACGAUAGCAACGACGAAGCGCCGCCGCCGUCGCUCGUCGAGCAGCUUAUUAGUUUCACGGGCGCCUCCGAGGCGGACGCGGCGGCGGCGCUCGCGGACGCCCAGGGCUCGCUGGAGGGCGCCGCCGCCGCCCUGCUGACGCGCAACAGCGGCGCCGCGCCGCCGCCGCCCGCGACGGACGAGGACCUGUCGGCGAUCCGGAAGCUGCGCGACGAGCAGCGCCGCGACGACGCCGCGCGCGCGGCGGCGGCGCCGGUCCCGCCGGUUCCGCCGGUUCCGCGGCCGCCGGCCGGGAGCGGCGACCCCAUGGCCAACUUCCUCGCGACCGCGGGCGCGUCAGAAAUCGCGCCGCCGCCGCCGACGACCAUCGACGACCAGAUGGCGGCGAUCCGGAAGCUGCGCGCGGCGCAGUACGGCGCGGCCGCGGCCGCGGCACCGGCCGGCGCGCCGCUCACGGUCCUGUCCUUCAACGUCUGGUUCGAGCGCGAGGAGACCUUCGGCGCGCGCAUGGCCGCCAUCGCCGCCCUCGCCGCCGACGCGACGGUGGUCGGGCUCCAGGAGGUCACGGACGACUCGUUCCCGCACCUGCAGCGCGAGCUCGGCCGCCGCGGCUUCGGCACACUGUUCCGCCAGACGUCGAUCGCGCCCUACUACUGCUGCCUCGCGUCCAAGUCGACGCUCGUCGGCGUCGAGACCGUGCCGUUCCCCGGGUCCCGCAUGGGCCGGGGCUUGUUGGUGGCGCGCGCGGCCUGGCCCGGCGUCGGCGACGUCCUGUUCGGCGUCGCGCACCUCGAGUCCUUUGUGGGCCGCGAGGUCGACGCCGCGGUGCGCGCGGAGCGCCGGGCGCAGGUGGCGCGCGCCGCGGCGACCCUGGAAGCGAAGGCCGCGGCCCACGGCUGCGCGGCCGCGGUGCUUCUGGGCGACUUCAACUGGGACGACGGCAAAGACGGCGACGCGGUCGCGGCCGCGGGCGCCGCGUGGCGCGACGCCUGGCGCGACCGCGGCUCGCCCAAGGCGAGCGAGUUCACCUACGACGGCCGGGCCAACGGCAUGCUCAAGCACGGCUUCAAGCACCGCUUCGACCGCGUCUUCGUCCUCGAUCGCGAGGUGAAACGGCAGACGCUCGACGCGGCGGACGCAUGCGCCGUCGCGACGACGGGCUUCCGGCUCGUCGGCACGGCCCAGGUCGGUACUCGGACCAUCCAGCACGAGAAGAAGGGCACGCUGCCCAUGUUCCCCUCGGACCACUUCGGCGUCGAGGUCACGCUCGAGAAGCGCGCCGCGGCCGCCGCGCCGGCGCCGGCGGCGAAGAAGCGCCCGGCGGCCGCGAACGCCUUCUUCCAGCCGCGCAAGAAGGCCGCGCCGGCGGCGGCCGCGGCGACCGGCCGCUACCGCGGCGCGAAGAUCCCCGCGGGCUGGGACCUGCGCCACGGCUGCCUCCUCGUGCGCCGCUGGGGCGACGCGCCGCCGCAUACCGAGCGGCUCCUCGGCUUCGACUUCGACGACACGCUCGUGCCCUUGAACUACGCGCGGCCCGAGCCGAGCCAGUGGUCCCAUCUGUACGGCCACGCGCCCGGCCACCUCCGGUCGCUCGACGCCACGACGGGCCUCGCGGUGCUGUCCAACGAGUGCCUGGACCGGUUGAAGAAGGUCGAGGUCCUGGAGAACAAGCUCCGGCAGAAGUGCGGCCGGUUGGACAACUGGGCGCGGGACGUCGCCGUCCCCGUGCUCUGCUGCGUCGCGCUCACGAAGCUCGACGACGACGCGCGCAGGUUCCACAAAGCCAAGGGCGCGGGCAUGUGGGACUUCGCCCUCGACGAGCUCGGCGUCGCGGACAAGGCCGCGUGCAACGCGCGGAGCUGCUACGUCGGCGACUCGGACGCGGACGCGAACCUCGCGCGCGUCGCCGGCGUGCGCUACCACCACGUCAAGGACUACUUCGGCGCCAUGUUCCCCCGCCCGUGAGUUUCCACUAAUAAGCUUACUCGCCG